GCUCACUGUCUUGUUGGGUCGUUCGGCUCGGCCCGGUGUGUAUAUGUGGCUGUUCAUUUCAGGUUCAGUUCGAAUUGGAUAUAUUCCGCGUGAGGCCGAAACUUCAUGGAGCGCGGGCGGUCGUCGUCACAUCACAUAACAAAGUUUCAGAUUCAGAAAGCACACAUCUAGAACUACAUAUGUGUGUGUGUUUUCGUGUGUGUUUGUGUAUGCCAACGUCCGUGUAUGUGUGUGUACACUACAUGCAUAGAGAAUUUUCCCAAAUGAAGGUUUCGUUACUGGAAAUGAAUUAGGCAUUUUCGUCGCUGAUUCGGAAAAAACCUCGAAGCCACACUGGUUUUGAGUUUUGCUUUUGGUUUUCCGUAUUCGGUUUUCGGUUCCAUUGCGCAAAGUCAAACAAAAAAAAAAAAAACGGAAACGAAUUAGCUAAAACUCGAAUUGAAAUUCAUAUAUAGAUAGAUUGGUACCUCCAGUGUAGAUAUGGAUACGCGAUUGGGAAACGGGGCAAAGCUUGUCCUCGGCCUCACCAUUGAGCUGUUUGCUGUAGUUGAUGUAUAAUUUACAGUCCACAUAUAUCUUCAGCUCACCAGAUUAGAUGGUUGUCAGCUCUCGUUUUAGCUCCAAAGCUCACGCCAUCGCCAAAGGAAUGGAAUCAAUCAACGUCAACGAGAUAAUCGAUGCCCAAACUUUUAGCCAGCAACUGGUGGACGAGACAAGUGAAUUCAUUACCGUUAGACAUCAGAAUCACGAAGUGGAUUCUGAGUCCGAGUCACACGGAGCGGUGUCCAUGCAAAUGCGGACAUUGAUCGCGUCUAACAAUGAUAGUCGUUUGGCUGGAAACGGUGAUAUUGAUGCAGACGUGGACGCGUCUGGAGUGGGAGUGUCGGAAGGGGAAGGAGUGGAUGAGCCAAACUCAUCGGUUGUUAUGGUAAUUGACGAGAUGGGACAUACAAAUGCAGUGCAGACAACGUAUCAAAUUGUGCCUCAACAGCUUCAUCUUCAGGGUAGAACGGUACCGUUGUCGUUGCUGCCCAUACACCAGCAAACACAUCAGCAACAUCAGCAACAACAGCAGCAACAGCAACAACAACAACAUCAUCAUCAACGGCACGAACGACUGGCAGCCAGCCCCGUAGAUUUCGUAGGCUCUGAUAUUAGCCUGGAUGGACUGACCGUAAGCUCCACCACUGCAGCCCAGAGUCAGCGCCUUGGCCAUGUCGUUUCCGUUAAGCAAGAGCACAAGCUUCUUAUUGUGCAUCGCGAUCAGGCACAGGGACACCAUCCAGAUUCUGAUCAGGAGGCGAUUAGGAUCGGCAGGGCAACCAUUCGAAAUCGGCAGCAACUCGAUAUGGAUAUGGACAUGGACGUAUCUAACGUCACUGUCGGGGUAAUAGACGAGCUGUCGUCAGACGGUGGUGGUUGCGUGGAAGAAGUUACGCUCAAUCAGCAUCACCAGCAGCUCCUUGAACAGCAAUAUGGCCAUGGUAACGGGCAGAGACAUGCGCCAACCUCGGAAAUGCUCCAUGAACAUUCACACCACCAUCAUCACCACCAUCAUCACCAUCAUCAGCAGCAUCAGCAUCACACAAACCAUCACCAGGGCCUUCAGCAUCGACCAAGUCAAGCUCAACAUCACGAAGAACUGUCCAUUAUUGUCCAAUCGCAGCAGGAUGAUGAUGAUGUGGACACCGUGGAUGCAGACGCCGAUCCGGAUGACGAAGAGGAUGAAGGCGAGUCAGGUGGACGCAGCCACUUACUCAGCCCUGCGCUAGGCGUCGACAAUCCAUUGGAGCACAGUACUUAUCAAACCCUAACAUCAGCUUCGGUAAAUGAUCACGAUAACGAUCGCAUAUCUCCAACAGGCUUUAGUCCCACGUCAUAUGCUACACUGACGCCAAUUCAACCGCUUCCGCCCAUAUCAACGAUGUCCGAUAAGUUUGCCUACGCUGGUCACAUCUCUGGAGACACAGGCGGUGGAGGAAAUGGUUCUGGGGAAGGUGGCCCAUCAAAUUCAUCUGGAGGCGGUGGUAGCGCCAUCUCUUCCGGUAAUCUCAACAGUGGUGGUGGAGCUAGCAACGAUUGCAGCUCGUUCACACAUCAUCAGAGCUCUUUGGGAAGCCUUGGACUAAGCGGUUUGGGCGGCGUGCAAUCACCCUACUCGUCCUACGACAAGCUACCCUCCAUGAUAUCUCCGCCUCCCCAUAAUUAUGCCGGUUCGCCAUCGCACUAUGAAUCCUCAUAUAGCGGACAUCAUCAAGAUCACGAGCUGAUCAUGGCCACAUCAUCAUCGACAAGCUCAACUGGCGGGCGUAACUCUCAGCUAGGACUACAGCACAGUCCGACGCUCAGCCCACACUCAGUUUCUGCCGGCUCCGUGGUGUCUAUGUCCCUGCACUCACCCGCCUCGAUUGUCACCUUGCCCCACAUCAAUGGAUCCGGAUCGGUGACAAGCCUCACGGUAGCGGGGGCUUCGGAUCUCCCUGUCGUUGUCUCCCUUACCCCCACACCACCAUCUGCGCAAAUCAUUAACAGUGAAUGCAAUUCCACUAAUGGCCUUCAUCCGUCUAAUAUAGCAAAUAGCAAUAGUUCCAACUUGUGCAAUAUAAGCCAGCAGCAACAACUACAAUUGCAGCAGGUGCCACCACAUCAUCAGAGCCAGAAUGGGUACUCUAGUGAUCAUCAUCAACAGGAUGCAAAAAUAACAUCGCCAAAGUCCACGACUGCGGUAACACCAUCUGCCAACGCAUCGCCAGGCACUGGCACUAGUUCAGGAGCGGGUGGGUCCAAUCGGUCCAGCGAUAUGGAAGAGAUUAAUACCAAGGAACUAGCGCAACGCAUAUCGGCGGAGCUGAAGCGCUACAGCAUACCACAGGCUAUAUUUGCCCAGCGUGUACUCUGUCGAUCACAAGGGACGCUGUCCGAUCUGUUACGCAACCCUAAGCCCUGGUCAAAGCUCAAGUCAGGACGAGAGACUUUCCGUCGGAUGUUCAAGUGGCUACAGGAACCAGAGUUCCAGCGUAUGUCCGCUCUACGCAUGGCAGCGGCACAGAUACCACAGCGUGCUCCAGUUACUCCUGGGCCAACAACCACAUCAUCAUCGUCCACAAUGCCAGUGGGAAGUGUGCCUUCGGAGGGUUCACCCCCAAUGGUCGGUGGCGGCAGCAGUACAAUAUCAGCUAAUACGCUGUUGAGUGGAUGCGGAACUGCAUCUGUCACUGGCGUAACGGCUACUUGUCGCAGGAAAGAAGAAUCCCAUAUAGAGCAAAUGCCGCAUCCGAAGAAACCCCGGUUAGUCUUCACUGACUUACAAAGGCGGACGCUUCAAGCUAUUUUCAAAGAAACAAAGAGGCCUUCUAAGGAGAUGCAGGUGACUAUUGCGCGUCAACUAGGGCUGGAGCCAACCACAGUGGGCAAUUUCUUUAUGAACGCACGGCGACGCUCCAUGGAUAAAUGGCGCGACGACGAUUCCAAGAAUUCGCUGCACUCACAUAGCAGACAGCAGCAUCAAGAACAGGAUCAAAACCAGAGCAGUAGUAUGGCGCAUGGUAAUUAUGGGAAUCUUCAUACGACGGCCAUGUCACCACUGGGAGCCUUUGACGAUGAUGGUGACAUGGACUUGGAGCUGGAUAACCAUGACUUUGACUUAGUUGAUGAUCACGGCGACGAUGGUGUGGAGCAGGAUGACAUGUUGUGACAUGACAGCCAUAGCCAGCGCGGACGACGAUCACCAACUCCGGUUGAGACUCCGUCUCUUAGUCCUACUACAAAUGCAAAUCCAAUUCAGGUCCAGACCUCUCGCACUUCUCGCACCCUCACCCGCACCGAUCAUCGGAUCAAUAAGUUUAAACACACGCACACGGGCCAAAUUCCAGCUCCGGAUGCCGGGGCGAUCACGCGACAGCGUCUACGUCACAAGAUGCCUGUAAAGCACGAAGACGCUUUAGAGCGAAACGAUGGUAACAAAGAUGAAAUGGAAAGGCAAGGACGUUUAAUUGAGAUCGAGCCUAGUUCCGAUUGGUCGCCCAGUUAUACUGCAGAUCAGUCAAACAUCUGUGUUGAUUAUUUAGAUGCAGAAUAUUUAGAAGAUCUGAAGGUAAUGAUUGUGUGCUAGAAACCCAGAGUAUCGAGUAGCCGAAUCGGAACAAAAACCGCAACCGUUGCCUAUGCCCAAAUGUACUAUAUUUUCACUCAAUUAUAACAGAUCAAGAGAGUGCACGACGCGUGGUAAAUUUAUUUAGAUUAGGAUAUGGAUUUGGAUCUGGACCAUUUCAAUAAUCAGAAUUAGAGCAAACCAGAGUGAAGCAAUCUAAAAAUGAAAAUCGCAAUGAGAAUAUGAAUAUGUACUAUGUCGAAAAUGUACUAUAUCUAGUCAAAUUUAUAUUAAUAAUAAACCUACAAUUAGCGUUCCCCAAUACCCUACCUUUGCCCGUAACCCUGCCCGAACUUAAUUGCAUUCAGAUUAAUAAUUAAUAACUUGAGUCACAGUCACUUGAAAUUAAAGCAAAAUGUAAAUAAUAAUUCACGAAUGCCCCACGCUUGCCUAAAUUAUUGAUAGCAUAGAUCUACCUGUAUCUGGAAUGGAAACUUAUAUCCGAAUCCGUUUGCUCACUGCAAGCAGAACACACAGAUUAUACAUACAUAUAUCUAAAUAUAUUUGUUUACAUUCCUAAUAUACAUAAAUAUCAAUACUCAGCAGUAGCAGCAAAAGCAGCGGAUUAAACAGGUCCAGAUGCAAAGAGGGCGCGGCUAGUCAAUUUAGUUUAAAUAAAAAUAAAGAUUAAAUUAAAGCAAGCAUGCAACUUAUAUUAUACGCAUAUAUAGAUCAUUCAUAAUAUGUAUGUAUGUAUGGUACGUAUGUACAAUAAAGUGAAUGCAAUAAUGAAUAAAGGCCCAAGUGCCGUACUAAAGAGUUUUUCA